UAUGGCGGCGACAUUUCAAAAAUUUGCUUUGUCGUUUUCAAUGUUGAGAAGAGGUUCUUACUUGAAGCAAGGUUUACCCUUGCUUUCUACGAGUUUCUCUCGAUGCUAUGCAAGUAAGAAAAAUGUUAAGAAGAAAAAAAGAGAUUUCGCAGGCAUCGUUCAACAGUGAUGUUGCUGAAGGUGUGGUGGAUAUUGAUAAAUUGUUGUGUAAUAUGGAGACUGAAGUGGACAAACUUAAACAGGAGUUUAGGUGCUGCAUAACAACAAGAAUAUCACCAGCUGUAUUUGACAAUAUAAAAGUGACAACUGGAAAGCGUAAAAUUUCUCUUGGUAACAUUGCCUCAAUACAAAACAAAGAUGACAAAUAUAUUUUGGACCUGACGUCAUCUCCAAAUAUGACCAGCCCAGCCAUGAAAGCUUUGAACGAAAACUCGAUCUUCAAUCCUUUACUGGAAGGCAACACCAUCACAGUUACUGUACCAAGGUUAACAAUGGAAGUUCGCAAAACUCUGGUGAAGUCAGCUAAAGAAGUUUGCGAAGAGGCGAAGAUUGGGAUAAGAAGGGUUCGUCAGAAAGGCAUGAACGAUGUUCGUAAGCAAAAGAAAGUCAUGUCACAAGAUGAUGUGAGAAUGAUUGAAAACUAUAUUCAAUCAUUGACCGACAACUACGUGGAACAAGUUGACAAAAUGUUGCAUGAAAAAUCCGAAGAAUUAUUGCACAGAUGACGCGGUGAAACAGUCGAUUUCUCCAAUGAGAAACCUUGCACGAAAUUUGAAGAAGAAAUUUUGAUGUUCUUUAGAAGUUAAACUAGAAAGAACAUGUAUAGAAAGAUAUUUAAAUUUUUAUUUAAAAAGACUUUAUAUCAAGACAUUUUAUAAAACGUUUAGCUGUUGUCUAAAUAAGAUCGUUGUAUGAGCCAUUUGUAUCUUUUAAUAUCAACUCAAUAUGACUUAGUCUAGCUUCAAAGUCCUCCAAACGUUCGCGAAUAUCGUAGCUUGCACUUCCCAUAGACCUCCUAUGAAAAACGAAGAAAUAAAUGAUAAGAUAUGGAAUAAAAUAAACUGAAUAU